AUGUCGUUUAGAGCAAAAAAUUCUGGGCGAGUUUUGCUUCCAUUUGGGUUGGAUUAUAGUGAUAUAUCCUCGGCAGAUCACACUACAGAGCAGCCCCAGUUAGUUUUACCAGUCAGUGGACCAUUAACUCCAAAUGAAGAAUCAGCUGCCAAACAAUCUAUUGCAUUUUCUAAUCUUAUGUUGGACGGACCUUUUUAUACGGGGUCCACGUUGAAUACAGGCAAAGAACAGGCUACUACCACAGCUCCAGAUGGGAUUGAAAGGUAUUCAGAUAAAUAUAAAAAGAUCAAAAAGAUAGGAAGAACCAUUGAAGAACACCCAUACCAGUUGGAAUUUUAUCCAGAUGAAUUAUAUUCAGUUAUGGGUAUAUCUAAUAAGCAGAAAAAGAAGUUAUUGUCAUUGUCUACGUUUAAGGCAGAUGGUGGUUUAAAGCAAUUUGUGGCACGAGAAUCGGAAGCUGAAAGUGCUCAAUCUAUGUUGGAAAAGCUUAAAGAUAUGGCAGAAGAUUUGGAUUCUAAUAACGCAAAUGGCACUGCCAAAGAAGAUGAAAAUGAAGAAAUUGAAGAAGAAAUAGAUGAUGACUUUGAAGAGGACGACGAUGAUGAUUACAAUGCCGAAAAGUAUUUCGACGAUGGGGAUGACGAUAUUGCCGAUGAUGGCGAUGAUGAGGCUGCAUUUUGA